AUGAUGUAUCAGUGCUUAUUCGUUGCCUUGACUCUCAUUUCCAAUAUUUUUCCAUUUAAAAUCCCAAACGGCUAUAAACAUCCUGACGAAUUCCACAUAAAUAUGACAUCAGAGGAACGAAUGGUUGUGACUGGUAGAGUACUCAUCGAUCCGUCACUCAACAAAGCGCAAAAAAUCGAAAAAGUCGGGAAUUUGACGAGUGAUUACGUCAACAAAGAGCCUCAUUCAUUCGAACUCCUAAAGCAAUUAGUGGAAUUAAAGAAGUGGCUCGAUGAUAGAUUGGAAAAAGCUGAGGAAAAAGUAAAAUCAAUCCAUGAGAAAAAGUUCAAGCUACUAUUUGCUCUCAAAGGUUCGCCACUGUAUUUGAAGUUGACACAUAAAGCGAAUAAAAUCAAGUCUACAUUGAAUAAACAAGAACGGGAAGAAGAGGAAACCAUCGAAAAAGAGUUUCAUGCAAAAGCUGCUGAGUUGAAGAUACACGAAACUAUCGAUCUCUUCCUUGAAAAGAACAGUUAA